GGUUGUUUUCACCCAGGCUGCGGUGCCUGGCUUUCGCCUGGGGCUGCUCGGCGUGGAGGAGUGAGCUGCUGCAGAAAGGGGCGGUCGCCGCUGGAGGUAGCCAGGAGGGCCGGAGCGGAGCGGGCGAGUAAGCCCGUGGUCGUCGGCCGCCGCGAUGUCAGCGCAGUGCUGUGCGGGCCAGCUGGCCUGCUGCUGCGGCUCUGCCGGCUGCUCCCUGUGCUGCGGCUGCUGCCCCAGGAUCCGACAGUCCCGGAGCACGCGCUUCAUGUACGCGCUCUACUUCAUCCUCGUCGUGCUGCUCUGCUGCGUCAUGAUGUCCAGGACCGUGGCUAACGAGAUGAAAGAGCGUAUUCCUUUUUACGAAGAUAUUUGUAAAGGCAUUAAAGCUGGUGACACCUGUGAGAAGCUGGUGGGGUAUUCGGCGGUGUAUAGAGUCUGUUUUGGAAUGGCCUGUUUCUUCUUCAUCUUCUGCCUCCUGACCUUGAAUAUCAACAGCAGCAAAGGCUGUAGAGCCCAUAUUCACAAUGGCUUUUGGUUCUUUAAACUUCUGCUGCUGGGGGCCAUGUGCUCAGGAGCUUUCUUCAUUCCAGAUCAGGAGACCUUUCUGAAUGCCUGGCGCUAUGUGGGAGCCGUCGGAGGCUUCAUCUUUAUAGGCAUCCAACUCAUCCUGCUCGUGGAGUUUGCACAUAAAUGGAACAAGAACUGGACGGCAGGCACAGCCACCAACAAGCUGUGGUACGCCGCUCUGGCCCUCGUGACCCUCAUCAUGUACUCCAUUGCCGCCGGAGGCCUGAUUCUGAUGGCGGUGUUUUAUACACAGAAGGACGGCUGCCUGGAAAACAAAAUUCUCCUGGGGCUGAACGGGGGCCUUUGUCUGCUCAUUUCAGUGGUAGCCAUCUCGCCCUGCGUCCAAAAUCGACAGCCCCAUUCCGGGUUACUGCAGUCAGGGCUCAUAAGCUGCUACGUGAUGUAUCUCACUUUCUCGGCGCUGUCCAGCAAACCCGUAGAAGUAGCUCUAGAUGAGCAUGGGAGGAAUGUGACGAUCUGUGUGCCAGACCUUGGUCAGGACCUGUACAGAGACGAAAACUUGGUUACUGGACUUGGUACCACUCUCUUGUUCAUGUGCAUCUUAUAUUCGUGCUUGACAUCGACGACGAGGUCAAGUUCUGAUGCUCUGCAGGGGCGAUACGCAGCUCCUGAACUGGAAGUAGCCCGGUGUUGUUUUUGCUUCGGCCCCGAUGGAGAGGACGCUGAAGAGCAGCAGAAUGUGAAGGAGGGACCACGGGUCAUUUAUGAUGAGAAGAGAGGCACUGUCUAUAGCUACUCCUAUUUCCACUUCGUGUUCUUUUUGGCUUCCCUCUAUGUGAUGAUGACCGUCACCAGCUGGUUCAACUAUGAAAGUGCCAACAUCGAAACCUUCUUCAGUGGAAGCUGGUCCAUCUUCUGGGUCAAGAUGGCCUCCUGCUGGAUGUGUGUGCUCUUAUACCUCGGGACCCUGGUCGCUCCCCUCUGCUGUCCCUCUCGCCAGUUCUCUGUGUGAGGAGGAUCGGAGCAGGCCUGCAGGCUGGAAGUGACAUCCCUUGAACAAGUGUCCCAGGGGUCUGAGCCAUGACUGGUGCUUCGUGAAAAGCUGGCAUCCUCUGGCUGGUUUGAGUGGGUCUGAAAAAGGCUUUCAGAAAGAAAAAAAAAUCACCUGAUUGGCUUUUUAAUUCGGAAAAUCAAAAAGAAAUAACCAUUUUAUUCCGAAAGAACUGAAAUUUUCAACCAAGCUGAUCCUGAGUGAUAUUUUGUGUGUGUCUCCGCUCUAAAAACUGGAAGACAAAUUAGGCUAGUAUUUUCCUUCUAUACUUUUUUUUACCAAAACACAGUUUGGGGCAUGACAGGGAUAAAUCUGAUCUUGUCAUUCUUAUCCUUGGAAUAGAAAACCUUGCCAAAAUUUUGAACCCUCAGCCCCUGACGGAAUGCAGAUCCGUCUCCCAUACCUCGGCCGGGAGCCUCAUCUGCAGUGGGCUCUGCAGAGACCACUCAUCCUGCAGGCUCCUUGCUCUCAGCUACUUGGUAUUUAUAGGGUACAAGAGGAAGCACCUGCUUUUAACUCCACCCUUGUGCUGUUUCCUCCUGGCCUCCAGACGUUUCCCUUUGAAGCUGUGAUGCUGGGAAUCACAACUUCACACUCUGCCCUUGCCCUUCUCAGAGGUCCCCUCAUCCUUUCUGGGCUCAACGUCUUUGCCCUAAUGUGAAAAAGCACAAUUUGCCGUCACUACCAUGUGGUUCUCCCACUGUGCUAUUCCUUCCUGAUCCGAGUUCCUGCAAUAAUUGUGACUCCUAUUUGUGGUGUUAUUCACAUGAUUAUAGAACAAUAUCCAUGUUGUUUUCUUUGUCUGAAUGAUGGAGGGCUAUCGUUCUUACUUGUUUGUAUUAUUAAUAUUAAUAAUACUCUAGGACCUUACCUUGACUGAAGCCCGCUGCACCUCUCUUUCAGUUACGAAAGUCAGCCAGUUUCUCUUCCACCUUGAGGCCUUUGAAAUUGUAAAAGCAAAAGGGCUCUUGUUUCCUGGAUCUGGAAGGUGCAUGAUAAUAUUCACUGUGGUUUUUUGGAGUAGAUUUGCUGAGGUGAGGAUUCCAGGCAGCACCUCAAACUGGGCUGACCAGAUAAGGCCUAUCUCGUACAAGUUGUAGAAGUGGCCAAAUAUACUUAGAAGAAAUCGUAGGGGGUGAGGGGAUGGGGAGGGGGGUAUGUAAUUAAGCCAUAAGCAACAUCCAUGGAGAUUUCCAAAAAUACGAACUUGUAAAGUAAUACUCAUAAGAGAUUUGACUUUAGGCAGCUGCCCAAGAAGAUAUCCGUGUUCAGUGUUGAUGUCCGUCCUCAGUCAGGGAAGAGUUUGCUCAGUGGAAAGUCUAUUAGGGACCCCAGUGGAGACACGGUGGGGAUGCUCCCAGGAGUGUCUCGUGCAGGGUGGAAAGGGUCCUCUCGAGCUCCCUGGCACAGAGGGUCUGAGAAUGGAGACACUUGGCCUGUACUUUGUGUGUCCUGCCAAGUUGGGCAGAAUCGGGUCCCUGUGUGCCAAAAUGCUGGUGUGGGGAAUUAGUCCAAUUCUUCAUUUUUGCUCCUUUGCCCUCCUCCCAGGAACACAAGCGGGAAAACGAAUUCAGUGAACGAAUUCCUCUAGAAUCUUGCCUUAUUUAUGUUUGAGGUUCCGUUUUUAAAGGCAGUCGUGUAUGGGUGAGAGCCUUGUUUUUUGCAAACUUAAUCCAAUUUCUUAUUUUAGGCCAGAAGCUCUUUGAGCUUGGCAGUUGAAAGGUCUCUGGCGUCACAAAACGGAAAGCCGCCUCAUGCAGUCCCUGUUAAGCCAGUGGGCCUGGGAGCUCUGUGGGUCGGGGACAGGUCGAGGGAAUGGGUUGUGUAUGGGACAGCCCCCGGGCAGGAGCUGCCACGGUGGCUGGUGUGGUGACACAGGGCUCUGGGUAAGCUGAGACUGGCUUUAGGAAAGACCGCGAGCAGAGUCCCAUCAAGAGCUGGGAUGCUAGUUUCAUUGUGAUUUCUUCCUGCCAGGGUCUAGCUGGUUUGGGCAGCCAGCUAUGUGACUUGAGAACUGGCCCUUAGGGCAGGUCACGGUCCAGCUGACAAGGCUCCUGGUCCUUGGCUGGCCUUUGUUGGCGGGCUUCCCCUGCAGAAAGAAGCUCAGGGAAACAGAAAGGAAAGCAUUCGUUGCCAGUGGCAGGGCCCCCAGUGCUUCCUUCUUUAGCCGGCCCAGCCAACGCAUGUUUUGGAGCUGCUUAAAACUUGGUUUGUGGCCCAAAGUUCUUGAAGUUUAGUUUAGUCUGACACGAGAGGCAGAGUUGCAGUCACUCUGAUUUUUAGUCUCAACUGAGAGUCGAAGCAAGUUUAUCUGAAUGAUGGGAGAGAUGAGGAUAUACCCUAAGGACUGAGGGCAUAUAAAUAAGGUGACUUUAAUGAUUAUUCAUUGUCAUAAACAAUACUCAGGUGAUGAGUCAAUGUUUGUGGGUGUAAAGAACCUACAUUCUUGUGCUGUUGUGAUUUAAGAAACUGGAAAAAUUGUGCCAAUUGCUUUGAGUUGCUAUAAUGAAGGUGUUCAUUGGAUAAAUUCACUGAUCUCUUUUUAAAAUAAUUUUGCUUCCUACAACUUUUUGUACAUCAUUUUAAAAACUACAUUCCCAGUAGCUGCUGGUCAGACUCCUUUAGCGAUACAAGAGGGAGAAGUUUUUUAAAAAGCUCUAUGUGUAUGUUUCUUCUGUGCUAUUCCUCCAAUGUGGAAAUUUUUUCCCUUCUCGUUUUCAUGAGUAGAAACACUAGGUGGGGGAAAGGAUUCUUCUGGGAAUGUUGCUGUAUACCUAGAUGGGUCGUCAUCUGACUGAGGCUGGAGACUUUUCUGUCAAAAGCUUUUGGAAACCCAACUUGGUCCUUAUUGGGUUGAGUUUUUAUAAUACUGGUUAGUUGGUUUUGCUUUUGUCCUCUCAGUUCGGCUUGAAAGAAUUGUUCCCCAGAGGUGUUUGGGGCUCUUUGGUGGAGUAGAAGGACUGUAUGCAUGUGGGCUGUUGGAAGGUGGGGUUACUGGAGAUUUGGGGUUCUGGUGCCCAUCAGGAAUGGUCAGCAGUUGGGCCCCCACAUCUCAUUUUUUAAAUUUCCAGUUCCUCAGAGGAUCCUUCAUUCUGGAUGACCUUCGUGUAAUGCUAAUCCCCACCCUCACCCCCAUAUUGUCCCCCUCUGCCUAUUUAAGAUUAUGUACUUAUUUAAUUUUAGCCAGAAGUUCAUUGGUGCUUCAUGUUACCCUGCAAAGGGAAUUCCAGAGCCUUUGUUUAAGCCUCCUUGGCUUUUUUUCUCCUUUGACUCCCUUUCUAAAUAGCAUUUCAUUUUGGCGUACAUUUGUGUUCUACUCCUCUUGGAAGUGGAAGCGGUUUUAAUCUAUAACGAAGAAGGGUGUGACCUUGGGCUAAGACCCUGCCUGUCCAGAGAGAACGCUGGGUCCUCCUUAAUCAGGGACAGUGCAGUAGUCACUCAGCUCAUGGAAUUCUCUGUAGGAGACUGUCCUAACAGAACUAACUCCCUCUGCUUUGUUCUUAAGGCCACCAUGUUUUCUGCCAUCUUGAAAAUGCUUGUAAAGCCUCAGACACGUUCAUCUAGUGUUGCAUUUCAGGCAGAGAUGGGCUCGCUCAUGUUGGACUUAUGUUACAGAGCUAGAGAGCUGUUUACGUAGAUCUUUCAAACUAAUGCUGGUCAUUCUAAAGAUCUUUAUCUUUUUAAAAUUUUCUUCCUCAGUAAAUCACUUGGAGAGGCAUUCAUUUUGAAAGGGGGAAAUAUUUGGCUUUUACCAAAGAGGGUUUUUUGUUAUUAAGCAAAAUUCCUUCAGAAAAACUUAAUUGGGUAAGGAUAGAUUAAAAACGCAUAUGUCCAAAUCCACUUCUGUAGGAGUUCAGUCAUUUAUGUGAGUAAAAUGAUGAAGAACUCUUUAAGGUAAUCCUCUGGGUGAAGGAUCCUGGGAAAUUCUCUCAGGUAAAGAAAGCUUGCAACAGAUGUGUAAUAUAUGUCUUGAGAGUUAUUUAUAAGAAAUUUAAGAGGAUUGUUUUGCUUUCCUAUAUUAAAGAUUUAAGUUCUUUUUUUACUUUGCAAAAAAAAUUCUACAAAAAGUUUUAUAAUUGUAACAUUGUUAAUUUUUAAAACUUUUCCAAAACAAUUAGCUGUAGCCGGAUUAUGUGGUUAUGUUUUGCUCUACUUAGAAUUUGAAAUGUAAUAUGUGUGGUAAAUUUACUGUUUGAAAUUUAUAAUAGUCUUGGAUGUGGUUAGAGUUUUGUUAACUUUUUAAAAAAUUAUUUUCUUCCCUCUAGUCACAAAGGCAACUGUGGGUUUAUAUUUGGUUUUUGAAUGCUAAUUUUUCUAUGAAGCAUCUGAAGUUGACCAGUCUUUGCCUAUGUAGAAAACUCAAAACUUGUUAACUCUGUACUUUAAUAAAAUUUAAAAUGGAAAACUA